UAAUCAGGAUGGAAUGUCCAGUUCGUAUUUAGACGAUUAUCACAAGUUUUGCCAGAGGCAUUCGAUACUGGCAUCUGUUGAGCAACAAGCUUAUGACUAUUUACAAGAUCUGAUUGAUCAAGGGAUUGAGCAGGUUGAGCUGUUUGCCAGUGUCAUUUAUAUGGCUUUGAUUGAUGCAAGGUUGCCAUAUGGCCCUUCAGAUCCUCACCUUGAAAAUGGCUCGCUGGAACCACCCACUGUGACUGUGAUGGAUCUUCUCAUCAUGGCCGACAUAAAUAUCAAUAAGCUGUUUCAAACGAUGGCUGUCAUAAAGGUUAAACUGUCGCUGUCUGCCUCAGUUCAGAGUCACCUGACGCAGAUGGAGAAGAAUUAUUGUAUAGUCUCUGCAUUGUUAAACACUUUUCAGAGUCGGCUGUCAACUUCAGUUUUCAGAAGUUCAAACAGUUAUAAUGGCUUUGAUGAAACAGUUCUGCCUCCGAUACCGGAGACUGAGGGUGUGGCCUUUAGACAGAAGCAGUGCUGGCUCUUGUUCCUGCUGUCCAAAUACAACCUGCUGUCAGACCGACUGGAGCUGUUCCAACAUUUUCAGCUUCUCCUGUGUUGUCUGGAAUUUGUCUUGCGUCAGACUCCCUCAUUCCUGCUCAAUGCUCCAUACGAUGAAAUGCGGUUUGGUUAUGUUUCCUCCAGCGAAAGUGUUCCAAUGCUGGAAAAACUGGCCCAGGAAUUUGGAGUUGCAGCAGAUGAGACUCUUCAGCUUCGUUUGAACAGCACAGAGAACUAUUUCCAGAGUUUGCUUAACAAAGAUGGAGAGCUUGAUUCAGAAAGUCUUUGCAUCGAGUAUAGAAAAAUUUACGAGAAGGAGGGGGACCUGGACGAGCUCCUUUUCUUUAACAAUGACCCACAUUUACUUCCUCCACAAUCAAAUAGGGUCAGCAGUCAGACAGGUGCUCAGUCACAAUUGUUACCAGAACAAAUGACUCCAGUCAGGGUGGUUGUUAGCACAGUUCAACAGUUGCAGGAGAACUUUGCCAGGUGUCCUGAGGAGCCAAGCGAGAAGCUGAAGACGUAUUUCCAGAGAUGCGUUCAAGACCCCAGCGAGGAUAUUAAAGAUAUGAUUGCCAGUUUGAAAGAAAACUUUGUCCUGCGGUAUCAGGCCAACAGUAGUGCAAUCGGCCAACAGAAAGUGGCAGAACUACGUUUUACACUUGGCCUGAAACUGUAUUUUAAAGUUCUGGAGGCAAUGAUGGACAGUGAGGGUGAAAGACUUUCCCAGCAAGUGCUAAACACUUUACUGAACAAAGAGAAUUUCCACAAGUCCUUACUGGCAUGUGCAAUGGAAGUUGUACUUACUACAUAUGGGCAGAGCUGGAGCCACAGUUUGGGUGAGAUGUCUUCUGAAGGAGCUGCCUUUUCCUUCCCCUGGAUCUUGAGUGUCUUUUCUCUGCAGGCUUUUGAAUUCUAUAAAGUUGUGGAGAGUUUUAUCAGAUCUGAACCCAGGUUACCUGCAGAUGUUGUGAAGCACUUGCAAAAUGUGGAAAUACAGAUUCUAGACAGUUUGGCUUGGCACGAGACAUCAUCUCUGUUUGAAGUGAUCGGUGACUGUGAUUCAGGCCAGAUGACUCCGCCCAUGCUGGCUUCACCAAUGAAAAUAUCUGACGGAAUGAACAGCAGUCCUCUUGGCGUCAUUGGAAACAGCAGAAGUGCAGUGGAUUUGUUUUCUUCACCGCUCCGGCCGUCUCAGAUGUCAGCUGGCUCCUUAUUUUCACAAUCUCAUACUGGACCUGCGGCGCCACCUUUCCAGCCACAGCUGCAGUUGCCGUCCACAGACCCUUCCACCAGUGAUGCCAGGGUCUCUUGCCCACCAAGGUCACAAUCACUGUCACAUUUUCUUAAGAGAGUUCUGUAUUUGGGAUAUUCAAGGCUGAAUAAACUAUGUGACUACCUGAAAGUGUCAAAAGAUCUUCAACACAAAAUAUGGACUUGUUUUGAGUAUUGUAUUAUCAAAACACCAGCCUUGCUGAAAAACAGACAUGUUGACCAGAUCAUCAUGUGUUGUAUUUAUGGAAUCUGUAAAGUAGUGGACCAGGAGAUUCGCUUCAAAUCCAUCGUCAGUGAGUACAGAAACCUGCCACAUGCUAAACAGGAGGUUUUCAAAGAUGUCUACAUUACAAGCGAGAGACAUGACUCCAUAAUCAACUUCUACAACCAUAUUUUUAUGCAAGAGAUUAAGACAUUUCUCCUUCAGUUUUCUCCCGGCAGUGGCGUGAGACCUCAGCUUUCUCCAAUGCCGAGGCAAAGUCUGGCUUCCCCAAGCUGUUACAGUUUGCCUGGGAAGAAGAAUUUUACAGUAUCUCCUCUUCGGGAAUCGCCUUUCAAGGCACCGGCAUCGCCAGGUUUUAUGACUCCACGGACCAGGUUGCUGUAUUCUUUUGGAGAGAGUUCAUCUGAAAAAUUAAAAGAAUUCAACGAAACAAUAAAGCCCAGAAAUGGUCUUGCUUCAGCAAAGAAAAGAUUAAACAUGGAUAUGUUACCUUCGCCUGUGUCCAAAGUGAAAAAAGCUUUCUAA